AUGCUUGGUCAACAAUGGAAGAUAUCUCAAAUAUUUUUGCUGACAGCUUGGUACUUUGUCACGCCUUGUUUCAUGCUCUACCUAUUCGUUACGGUUAUAAUGGACCACACUCCCCCAAUUUUCUCGAAUGGACAACCAUUUCCCCAGUGGACGGUGGCUCUUGGCUGGUGCAUUGCCCUCGUCUCCAUUGUUCCCAUUCCACUCUUCGCUGUCGCCGAAAUUUGGAAACAUAGAAAGAAUCCUCGAAAUGUAAAUCUUAAUGUGAACUAG